AUGAAGAAGGUGAGGGUGGGAUGGAGGGGAGGACGCCCCGGUUGCACCCCCUCCCCCAGCCUUUUUGGCAGCCUCCCUGUGUCAGCCAUCCCACAGGACUUGCAGCGGGAGGUGCAGAAGAUCCUGCGGUUCCUGGGCAAGGAGGUGUCGGAGGGGACAGUGGCGAGGAUCCUCCACCACACCUCCUUCCAGGAGAUGAGGAAGAACCCUGCCGCCGACUAUGUGACCAUGCCCACCGCCCUGACGGGCCACAGCCCCUCCCCCUUCCUCCGCAAAGGUGGGGUUUGGCCAGCGGUGGAGGGCUCAGGAGGGGGUGUCCCCGUGCUCUAUUGCACCCCCAUCCGCGGCUGCAAAUAUCCCAAGGGUGUCAGGCUUCGUCCCGCUCGCUUUCUCGCCCGGGGGAGCUCCGGGGACUGGAAGAACCACUUCGCCGUGGCCCCGAACGAGCGCUUCGACCAGCGCUACCGGGAGCACAGGGCAGGCUCCGACCUCCGCUUCCAGAUGGAGCCAUGUGGGGCUCAUCCCCCUUCCGGGGGGGGCUCCGCUUCUCCCCGCUCCCCCGGCAAGGAGGGUGGGUCCGGACGGAGCAUCCUGGUGUCGUGGGACCGCGCCCCGGGGGAAACCUCCUUUGUAGGCACGGAGCAGCUGGAGGCCAUGGUGUCCCCUCGCAUCAUCAAGACCCACAUCCCAGCUCACAUCCUGCCCAAAUCCUUCUGGGAAAACCGCUGCAAGAUGAUCUACAUGGGGCGCAACGCCAAGGAUGUGGCCGUCUCUUUCUACCACUUUGACCUGAUGAACAAGCUGCACCCGCACCCCGGGACGUGGGCCCAGUACCUGGAGGAGUUCAUGGCCGGCAGAGUGGCGUAUGGCUCCUGGUACGACCACGUCAAGGACUACUGGGAGCAGAGGAAGGACCACCCCAUCCUCUACCUCUUCUAUGAGGACUUGAAGCAGGACCCCCGCCAGGAGAUCGCCAAGGUGGCCCGGUUCCUGGGGCGGGAGCUGCCGGAGGCGGCGCUGGAUGCCAUCACCCGGCACACCUCCUUCGAGGCCAUGCGGGACAACCCCACCACCAACUACAGCACGCUGCCCUCCCACUUCAUGGACCACGGUGUCUCCCCCUUCAUGCGCAAAGGUGUCACCGGAGACUGGAAGAACCACUUCACCGUGGCCCAGAGCGAGCGCUUCGACCAGGACUACGCACAGAAGAUGGCAGGCACCGACCUGCGCUUCCGCACCCAGAUCUGA